AGGAUGUGUGACGUAUGCGCAAACUGCGCACGCGCCAACCACGGCGGGUAAAAUGAAAGCUGUUAGCAACCAACCGACAGUCCUUAGCAACCGCUCGGCUUCGGCGUUACACUGAGCGAUAAAGCUGCCUAUUAUCUCCAGAACGAGGCCGUUAUUACAUGUUCAUCUCGAGUUAUUGUGUAAAUAUAAUAUAAGAGUUGUGUCCCGCGGAGCUGACAGGAGCUGGGGAUGAGCGCUGUGCCGGACGACCCGACGCUGGAGCGGCACUUCAGGGGUCACAGGGAUGAUGUCACCAGCCUGGACUUCAGUACCAGCACCAAGCAGAUCGCCUCGGGCUCCAUGGACGCGUGUGUGAUGAUCUGGAGCAUGAAGCCUCAGUCGAGGGCCUGCAGGUUUGUGGGUCACCAGGCCGCGGUGACGAGUGUGGCGUUCUCUCCCUCUGCUCAUCUCCUGGCCUCAGCCUCCCGAGACAAGACGGUGCGGCUCUGGGUGCCCAGCGCGAAAGGCGAGUCGUCAGUGUUCAGGGCUCAUACGGGGACGGUGCGCAGCGUGAGCUUCUCCAGUGAUGGUCAGACACUGGUCACCGCGUCUGAUGAUAAGAGCAUCAAAGUCUGGACCGUCCAUCGCCAGAAGUUCCUCUUCUCCCUCAACCAGCACAUCAACUGGGUGCGCUGCGCCAGGUUUUCCCCUGACGGGCGUCUGAUCGUGUCUGCCAGCGAUGACAGAACAGUGAAGCUGUGGGAUAAGAACAGCAGAGAGUGUGUUCACUCGUUCUGUGAUCACAGCGGGUAUGUCAACACCGUGGCGUUUCACCCGAGUGGCACCUGUGUGGCAGCGGCUGGCACAGACAACACAGUGAAGGUGUGGGACAUUCGCUCACACAGACUCCUGCAGCACUAUCAGGUUCAUAGUGCAGCGGUCAACGACCUCUCCUUCCAUCCUUCUGGAAACUUCCUCAUCUCAGCCUCCAGUGACUCCACACUCAAGAUCCUGGACCUGCUGGAGGGCCGGCUGCUCUACACACUGCACGGCCAUCAGGGUCCUGCCACCUGUGUGAGCUUCUCCAGGGCCGGAGACUUCUUCGCCUCUGCUGGCUCUGAUCAACAGGUGAUGGUGUGGAGGACGAACUUCGACAGUGUGGAUUACAGUGCCGUGCUGGAGCAGAGAUGUGCAGCGGACUCCAUCGCUUCGGUUCACAGCGGCCCAUUUACACAGGAGUCGGAAGCCGCUGGUGUGUCCGCUGGCCGAUCCUCACACCGGAGUGACAGCAGAGCCGGACCGGACUCGCAGACGGAGGUGGACCGUGUUCCCGCUGCACUGACCAACACCCUGCAGCACAUCAUCUCACAGCUGGAUGUGCUCACACAGACUGUGGCCAUUCUAGAGCAGCGUCUGACUCUGACCGAGGACAAACUGCAGGAGUGUGUGCAGAACCAGUGCCAGAUCGCAGAGCAGCGCCCUGAUCCACAGCGAUAACAGCCGUCACGAUCCAUCUCUGCAGGCCGGAGGAUGUUCUGCAGUGUGUGUGUGUGUGUGUGUGUGUGUGUGUGCUGAGUGUGGAAUAAGCCUCGGCUCUACUGUAAUCCAUCCUCAAAACCACAAACUGAACCUGAAAUCUGAGAAGAAAUCAAAACAUGAAGCUUUCUUCCUUGACUAGCAUUAGCAUUAGCCAAACAGCAUGUUAGUCCUGAACGUUCAAACGUUUGUUUUCUUCAUGUUUGCUAUUUUUAAUCAUACUGUCUCAUUUCACGCUGUAACUAAGCAAUUAUUUUUAUUAUUUUGUCCAUUAAAAUGCCAGUAAAUGUGU